CCCCCGGCUUUUUCCUCAUCCCCUGCUUCUCGAGCUGCACACCUCAUCCCAUCGUCUUCCCCAUUGUCAUCCUAUCUCUCCUUUGCGAUUAGCAAUGGCCAGCCUCGCCGACCUCAUUAACCUCGACCUCAGCGACACCACCGACAAGAUCAUCGUUGAGUACCUAUGGGUUGGAGGAACUGGUGUUGACAUCAGGAGCAAAGCAAGGACGGUGAACGGCCCCAUCACCGACGCGAGCCAGCUGCCCAAGUGGAACUACGAUGGCUCCAGCACCGGACAGGCUCCCGGAGAGGACAGCGAAGUCAUCCUCUACCCACAAGCCAUCUUCAAGGACCCAUUCAGGAGGGGUGACCACAUCCUUGUUAUGUGCGACUGCUACACACCACAAGGUGUGCCAAUCCCCACCAACAAGAGGAACAACGCUGCCAAGAUAUUCGACAACCCUAAGGUGGCAGCUGAGGUGACAUGGUACGGUAUCGAGCAGGAGUACACCCUCCUUCAGAAGGACGUGAACUGGCCCCUUGGCUGGCCCAUUGGUGGCUACCCUGGUCCUCAGGGCCCCUACUACUGCGCCGCCGGUGCGGACAAGGCGUUCGGCCGUGACAUCGUUGACGCUCACUACAAGGCCUGCCUCUACGCCGGGAUCAACAUCAGCGGCAUUAACGGGGAGGUCAUGCCCGGCCAGUGGGAGUUCCAAGUUGGCCCGUCCGUCGGGAUCGCCGCCUCCGACCAGCUGUGGGUGGCCCGCUACAUCCUUGAGAGGAUCACAGAGGUUGCCGGAGUUGUGCUGUCCCUGGACCCGAAGCCGAUCCCCGGCGACUGGAACGGCGCCGGCGCGCACACCAACUACAGCACCAAGUCCAUGAGGGAGGCCGGAGGGUUCGAGGUGAUCAAGAAGGCCAUCGAGAAGCUGGGCAAGAGGCACCCGGAGCACAUCGCCGCCUACGGCGAGGGCAACGAGCGCCGCCUCACCGGACACCACGAGACCGCCGACAUCAACACAUUCAAAUGGGGCGUGGCGAACCGCGGUGCGUCCAUCCGCGUGGGCCGCGACACCGAGAAGGAGGGCAAGGGCUACUUCGAGGACCGCAGGCCGGCCUCCAACAUGGACCCCUACGUCGUCACCUCCAUGAUCGCUGAGACCACGCUCCUCCUCUAAACACACACACACAAAAACCCCAGUAUACCUACUUUCGGCAACGAUGAUUGUUACGUCCUCGACUCUCUCGAUCGAGGGUGGUGGUGAUGGUUAAUUUCUGCAAAUUGUCAAAGUUCGCUUAACUGUAUUUCGAUUCCUUCCCGUACGCAAAGGUCUUCUUUAGCAGUCCUGUCUUUUUUGGGUGUAUACUCUUUUGCAUAAGAGUCUCCACUAGUGUACACUGAAUAAUGCUAUAUUUCCGCAUUCUGAUAAACGAAUUUACGGAACAAGUGAUGAUUCUGUUCAA